ACCCCUUAUUUUAUAAAAUAUUAAAAAUAUUAUAUAUGGACUAAUUUACCCCUUAGACUCAUUUUUUCUUUGUUGACGUUAUUUUAGCACUCAAAAUAUUUUCACAAAUUAUUUCUUUCAUUUUCAACUCUUAACCCACUUAUAUAUUUAUUAUCAAAACUAUAAUCGUUGUUCUUCUUUUCUUAUUUUCAACUAUAUUUUUUUUUUUAUGAUGUUCUAAACUUUGACUAUUGAUUUCAUCCGAAAAUAAAGACAAAUCCUCCUUUGAAUCAUACACGUACAAUAGAGAACAAUAAUCCAUAUAAAAACUAUUGAUUUUUUGCAUUUCACAUGUGGAUUCUCAAUAAUAGAAUUCAACAACUUUUGUAUUAUCAAAAUUUUCCAAUUUAGUCCAUCAGCAACAUAUAUUCUUACCUGCGCUCUUCCAAAAGUAAAUCUCAUUCAUGCCCACCAUGUAUUUGAUCAAAUUACCCAACCAAUUUUGAUAUCAAGAUUUUAAUUCAUUUCUAAAUUUCAUUCAAAUGCUCACCCGUCUGCGGCUGCGAGACUUCGCUCGUCAAUCUCCGGCCAUCCAAUCUGCACUCUUGCUCAUUCUAGAUCCACUAUUUAUUCUUUCAAGGCUUUCUCAACUUCACCAUCAAGGUUAUUAUAACAAGAACAAUAUUUAUUUUUUCUUUCAAAACUUUUCUUUGGAACCUUUUGAUUUUCUCAUCUUUUUCUCGAAUAAAAUCACAAUCUAGACUCCAGAGGAUUGCACAAGCGAAGAUAGAAAUUAAAAGAAUCAUUGAAAAAAUAUAAUUAAUGCAUCUUGCUGUAGAAUUUUUUGGGCUUCCAACUGAAGAGAGAAAUUAAAUGAAUCAUUGAAAAAAUAUUAUAGUAAAAAUCAUUGCAAAUAUCAAGAAUUCCUUCAAAAGAAAAUGAUUAGGUAAGAAGGAAUUAAUCUGUUUUACUUGUUGAAAUUUAUAUGAAUAAGCGUGUGUGUUCUUCUUCUCCAGAUUUUGGGGCUACGGAGAAGAAGCUAAUAUAGGGCUAUAGGAUAAAAUAGUACAUUUGUUAAUAUUUUUUAUUUAUUUAUUAAAUAAGAGGCUAUAGAGAAUAAAAGAUGGGGUAUGAAUAGAAUCACCCUUAAAAGGGAAAGUGAGAGAGAAAGAGGCUUAGCCCAACUGACCUCUUAUUUCGAGUCCAGCCCAAUUAUAAGCCCAGCUAUACGCACAAUUGAAAUGACUAAAAUAACCUCUCCUUCUUCAAUUCAAUGAAUUCAUUAUACAGAGAUGGAAAGCUUCUUCAACAUAUUUCUUUACAACCAAAAUCAAUAGAAAUGAUUCCAGAGCAAUGGGCUCCUCCAUGCAACUCCCAAUGCACCCAUAAAUACGCUGCUCUCGUCCAAAUCCCAUGGAGAGUAUUCUGCAAAAAGGGAUGUGAUGCUGAUGGUGAGACAUGGGACGAAUGUUUGGGAGAGUGUGAUGAGAUCUGCUACAAAGACCCCGUCCUGAAGGACAAGCAGUGGAGCGCUUAUAUUGAUCGUUCUCCCGGUUCUGUCAGCUACUCGGAGGAAUGCUUUCGUGCUUGUGUAGCUGGCUGUAGUUACAAGUUCGAUAUUCCCGCAGAGAAACUCAAACAAGUUCAUGCAAGACCACCAAAGCCUCCACCCGAAGAGAAACCUAGAGCACCUGCUGCUGAGUCCAGAACCCCUCCCGUAUCCAUUCCUUCGGGAGAUGAGGUUCUGGGCACUUCUGCAUAACGCAAAGAGAAGCAUAAUCGGACAACAAUCUCUCUUUGAUUCUUCGUAGGAAAUAUCUCAACAAUGCCUCAGACACUGAAAGCAACUUAAGAUGAACGUUGUUUAGGUUGACUUUGUCAUUGCAGCUUUCAAGUUAUUGGUUAGGUUUGAUUAGUUUCAAUCUAGAUUCGAAGCCCAGUAUAGCAAUUUUCUGGGAAUUGUUAUGAUGAUGACAAAUUUUAGGUGCUAACUGAAGUUAUAUGGACAGCAACUCUGCAUUGUAUGAAUUUCAUACUAAAACCUUUACUUGUGGUGACUGACAGCUUAUGGUAAAUUUGAAGUCCCAUAACAGCUUUUGGGCA